UAGCCAAUCGGACACCGGAAUGAGGUUCCACCAAUCUUAGAACGGAUUCUCGUCCAAUGGGUGGGAACUUCCGGUGAUUUGAAUUUGCGCGUCCAGAGUGUAAGGCAGAAAUGUCAUAGAGUUUGGUGACCUGGUUUGUUUUGAUCGGGGGGUACAGGUUUUGGCGAGAUCCACAGUGUAGCAACAUAUGUAAAAAUGGAACCCCGCACACAGUUUACUGGUAGAUAUAAGAAGGAUUUGAGUACUGAAAACUUAAGAACAAAAGUCGCACAUCGUAAAUCCGUAAUGCAAAAGGAAAACCGACAUAAUGAGUUUAAAAAAUGCAGGGGGUUGUCGCUGACCGAUGCCAAUAUUUCAGCGCUGAAGGAGUGUGAACUUCCACCUCUGGAGGAGACUAAUGAGAGCUCUAUCCUUAAAGCUGAGGAAACUACGGACGUUGGAAAGUCUAAAGAGUACUUAAAGCAACGUCGUGAUCUGCUACAGCGCUUUAAGGAGGAAAAGGAACUGAGAAAACUAAAGGAGCAACGGGAAAAAGCAGCCAAAUGUGUUUUUAAAUGUGGAAUCUACAAACCAGAUGUGACCUUUCCUCCAGUGUGGAGCUCUCAGCAUACUUCCAAAAUAAAACCAAAAGAAAAGCAAGCUCCCCCUGGUGUUCCAAGAGUUACAAGGUCUAUUUCCAAAGCAGAGCCGGCAGGGAACAAAGCCAACAGAACGCAGCAUGUGAAGACAGGAGUUCUUAACACUAGUAAGAUUUCUGCUGAAAGGGGCAUAACAAAAGUAUGUGGACAGAACUCUGCCUUAAAGAAACCUGAAACUAAAGUUGCUCCAUCUCAAAGAGGUGUUAGAACUGCAGUUACUACUACAACUACUGCUACUACGAAACCUGCUCUCAGAAAUAAUGUUGUCACCAAAUCCCAGAAUAAGACUACCAAAGAAACAAAGACUAUAGAAAAUUCUAAGAAGUCUCUGGUUUGUGAGCAGCCAAGGUUAAAAGAAGCGAAACGGUUGCCGAAAGAAAAAACUGUUGAAGUGACGUCUUCGAAAGAAUCUCGUGAAGCACCACAUGAAAAGAAGCCCUCCUUUGCACCUCAGAACUUUAUGUUCCAGGUCAUGGAUGGUCUUUCACCCUACAAAUUCAAGCCUAUGACUCCUAGACGGGCUAAUGCAUUUCUGUCUCCUUGUUUUGUAAGGAGCCCUAUGAAGGGGGAAAGGAAUCAUUUGCCAGCACCCCCAAAGUGCAACAAAACUCAAACUGCUGGGGAGCAAGUGCUUCCUGUGGAGCAAGUCCCCGAGCCAGAGCGUUCUGAGCUAGGAAUGGACGAUAAUCCUGUUGCACAACAGAAAGUGGAGCAGGUGCAGGUCCCCGAGCCAGAGAGUUCUGAACUAGAAAUGGACAACCGUCUUGUUGCACAACAGAAAGUGGAGCAGGUGCUUCCAGUGGAGCAAGUACAAGUGCCUGAGCCAGAGCGUUCUGAGCUAGGAAUGGACGAUAAUCCUGUUGCACAACAGAAAGUGGAGCAGGUGCUAGUCCCCAUGCCAGAGCAUUCUGAACUAGAAAUUGACGAUCAUCCUGUUGCACAACAGAAAGUGGAGCAGGAGCUUCCUGUGGAGCAAGUGCUAGUCCCCGAGCCAGAGUGUUCUGAACUUGAAAUGGACGAUCAUCCUGUUGCACAACAGAAAGUGGAGCAGGUGCAGGUCCCCGAGCCAGAGAGUUCUGAACUAGAAAUGGACAACCGUCUUGUUGCACAACAGAAAGUGGAGCAGGUGCUUCCUGUGGAGCAAGUACAAGUGCCUGAGCCAGAGCAUUCUGAGCUAGGAAUGGACGAUAAUCCUGUUGCACAACAGAAAGUGGAGCAAGUGCAAGUCCCCAUGCCAGAGCAUUCUGAACUAGAAAUUGACGAUCAUCCUGUUGCACAACAGAAAGUGGAAAAGGUGCAGGUCCCCGAGCCAGAGAGUUCUGAACUAGAAAUGGACAACCGUCUUGUUGCACAACAGAAAGUGGAGCAAGUGCAGGUCCCUGAGCCAGAGAGUUCUGAACUAGAAAUUGACGAUCAUCCUGUUGCACAACAGAAAGUGGAAAAGGUGCAGGUCCCCGAGCCAGAGAGUUCUGAACUAGAAAUGGACAACCGUCUUGUUGCACAACAGAAAGUGGAGCAAGUGCAGGUCCCUGAGCCAGAGAGUUCUGAACUAGAAAUGGACGAUCAACCUGUUGCACAACAGAAAGUGGCGCAUGUGCUUCCUGUGGAGCAAGUACAAGUGCCUGAGCCAGAGAGUUCUGAACUAGAAAUGGACGAUCAACCUGAUGCACAACAGAAAGUGGAGCAGGUGCUUCCAGUGGAGCAAGUACAAGUGCCUGAGCCAGAGAGUUCUGAACUAGAAAUGGACGAUCAACCUGUUGCACAACAGAAAGUGGAGCAGGUGCUUCCUGUGGAGCAAGUACAAGUGCCUGAGCCAGAGAGUUCAGAACUAGAAAUGGACGAUCAACCUGAUGCACAACAGAAAGUGGAGCAGGUGCUUCCAGUGGAGCAAGUGCAAGUGCCUGAGCCAGAGAGUUCUGAACUAGAAAUGGACGAUCAACCUGUUGCACAACAGAAAGUGGCGCAUGUGCUUCCUGUGGAGCAAGUACAAGUGCCUGAGCCAGAGAGUUCUGAACUAGAAAUGGACGAUCAACCUGUUGCACAACAGAAAGUGGCGCAUGUGCUUCCUGUGGAGCAAGUACAAGUGCCUGAGCCAGAGAGUUCUGAACUAGAAAUGGACGAUCAACCUGUUGCACAACAGAAAGUGGAGCAGGUGCUUCCUGUGGAGCAAGUACAAGUUCCUGAGCCAGAGAGUUCUGAACUAGAAAUGGACGAUCAACCUGAUGCACAACAGAAAGUGGAGCAGGUGCUUCCUGUGGAGCAAGUACAAGUGCCUGAGCCAGAGAUUUCUGAACUAGAAAUGGACGAUCAUCCUGUUGCACAACAGAAAGUGGAGCAGGUGCUUCCAGUGGAGCAAGUGCAGGUCCCUGAGCCAGAGAGUUCUGAAAUGGAGGAUCAUCCAGUUGCACAACAGAAAGUGGCGCAUGUGCUUCCUGUGGAGCAAGUACAAGUGCCUGAGCCAGAGAGUUCUGAACUAGAAAUGGACGAUCAACCUGUUGCACAACAGAAAGUGGAGCAGGUGCUUCCUGUGGAGCAAGUACAAGUGCCUGAGCCAGAGAGUUCUGAACUAGAAAUGGAGGAUCAUCCAGUUGCACAACAGAAAGUGGAGCAGGUGCUUCCAGUGGAGCAAGUACAAGUCCCUGAGCCAGAGCGUUUUGAACUAGAAAUGGACGAUCAACCUGUUGCACAACAGAAAGUGGAGCAGGUGCUUCCUGUGGAGCAAGUACAAGUGCCUGAGCCAGAGAGUUCUGAACUAGAAAUGGAGGAUCAUCCAGUUGCACAACAGAAAGUGGAGCAGGUGCUUCCAGUGGAGCAAGUACAAGUCCCUGAGCCAGAGCGUUUUGAACUAGAAAUGGACGAUCAUCCUGUUGCACAACAGAAAGUGGAGCAAGUACAGGCCCCCGAGCCAGAGAGUUCUGAACAAGAAAUGGAGGAUCAUCCUGUUGCACAACAGAAAAUGGAGCAAGUGCAGGUCCCCGAACCAGAGAUUUCUGAACUAGAAAUAGACGAUCAUCCUGUCGCACAGCAAAAAGUUCCAGCUGAUGCCCCAAUACCCCCUUCUUCACCUGCACCAAAUACACAGAAAGAAACUGAACAGGAAGCACUUAAGGAACCGGAGCAUGAUGUGCCAUAUUUCAGAGAUAUUCUUAAAUCAGAGAGUGAGAAACUAAGGUGCUUGUGCUGUGAGUGGGAUAAAAGAAUUGAGCUGGAUAUCCCAGAGGAUGCCAAAGAUGUGAUCCGCACCACUGUUGGCCAGACAAGACUUUUGAUGACUGAAAGGUUUAAGCAGUUUGAGGGCCUAGUGGAUAACUGUGAGUUCAAACGUGGUGAAAAGGAGACCACACUUACAGAUCUGGAGGGAUUCUGGGAUAUGAUCUAUUAUCAGAUCGAAGAUGUAAAUAAGAAGUUUUUUAAUCUUGGAAAACUGGAGGAGAAUUCUUGGCAACAAGGCACAGCCCCAACCAGAAAAAUCAUAAAGAAAAAGAUUGUCCCUGCUGCAGCAUCAAAGUCAAGCCAAGGAGAUAACGGCAGGGCUGCUGCUCGAAGUCGCCUCGCUGCUAUUAAAGCUGCCUUGAAAAACAAAGGAAAGCAGGAGGAGCCCACUGUAGAGGCCCCAGCACGGCCUACCCGAGUCGAUGAAGUUGUGUUUGAUGCAGGGUUCUUUAGAGUCGCAAGCCCUGCCAAAGUCGCUAACCGGGCAAGAUGCAGUUCUUCUUGGUUAUCCCCUACUCCACAGCCAAUCACAAGCCGUAUUCAGCAGUCCGAUAAUCCCACUGGUGAACAAAUAACAGAAGUACCAAAUUCUCCAGCCACUGUAAAAUCCCUCAUCAGCAAAUCACUUUUUGAGAACACAGAAGGAAGUGUACAGAGUGAUGAACAACAUCCCCUACCUUCUGUGGUUGAGACAGACGAGGCUGCCUGUGUCUUUCCAGUAGCCGAUCUUGCAAAAUACUUAGUUCCCAUGGAGAAUUCUGGUUUCCAGCUGUGUGAUUCUCCGGCACCAGAGGAAGUUGGAACGGUACCUUCUAGAGCUUUGUUUUUGGAGGAGAUUGCAGGGAUUUCUGGAUCAUUUGUGAAUGAUGUUUUUAUGUGUAGCCCACAGACAAAUAGUCCUCCAGCACAACCCAUGUCUCCCACUAAAGAAUCUGAUGGAGUUUGUGGCACUCAAGAUCUAAAUGUUCAGAAUGACCAACUGGACUUCCUGGGAAGCUGCCCGCCUAUCAAUAUGAUCAACCGUGCUUCCUUUAAAUGUGGUGCAGUUGCCAUGGCCGACAACUCGAUUGUAUUUUCACCGAUUAAGAAGCAAAAGAACUUGCAAAGGAUUUUAAAGCACAAUCCAGAAUUAUUGGACUCCUAAGAAUAAAAAACAGUCCUUGUGCUGGGAGCUGUUCAGCAACAUAUGUUUCACCAGAGGAGCCUAUUUAUUCUGAGCUAUUGUCUCUCAUUCAUGCUGUCCAUGAAUAGCUUGAGCAACUACUUAUAUUGACUACUUUUUGACUAUAUUAAACGGUAUUAUAUUUCUUGGUAUUAAGAAA